UGUUUUGCCAGCUGUGCAAGUGUCGGAAAAUUGUAACAUGGCCUCCAGCUUCACAUCCAUAUGCCGUUCGAGAUUCCGCUCUUCCUUGGCAUUUUGUAUAAUUUGCCGCCGAAAGCUGGAGAUUUCCCAGCACCAAAAAGACGACAGGAGGGAUCAAAACACGGACUGCUCGGCUGUCAGUUGGCUCAAACAUUUCACCACCGACUGGUGGGCCGGUAGCAAUGGCGACAGAUUCCGCAAGGCUAAAAUUGGAGAAGGUCUACCACUGGUUCGACACCUUCCACAACACCGAGCCCGAACGGCAUCCCGGGAAGACCGGAUGUUGCCUGACGCUGUUGAUGGUCCCGGCGGUGCUGAUCUACGGCAUUGUGUGGUUCGUGCAGCAUCAGCAGAAACCGCCAGUGGAGACCCUGGUGAUUGACUGGUCCAUCUCCUAUGGACCGUAUCCCAUGAAGGUGUCCUGUCACGAGGGAGCGAGUUGCUGGCUGUACCUCUCAGGUUGCGAAUCUGAAAGUUCAGGUAGAUGUAUUUCCCUGGCAGCCGGCCAAGAACUAGAGCUGCAGAUGUGCUACUCCCUAGCCGCCCGAGAAGGUCUCCAUGCAUGGUGGACGGGAAGCAGCAGUGGCAUCUCGAUCUAUUCGCAAGCGAAGAGCAUGUGGAUGAAGCAGGCCAUUGAGGCAGGACGUUCGUCCAUGACGUACGUGAAGACUGAGGACAAGACCAAAGAGUCUGGUGAGUGGGAGCGGCUGCGCCACGAGUGGUUCACCAUGUACUUGUCCUCUGAGGCCGCGAUUGGUAAAACCAUGAAGCCUUUGUUGCAGGAGCACCGAAGCGGUGCUUAUGCUGCUCAGAUCGUCAUGAAGCCGGAAUUCUAUGAAAAGACCCUGGAGAAACUAGAUUUCAUCGUCUCCCUGAUCGGAGAGGUGGGCGGUGCCUAUGGGAUCAUUUCAACGAUCUUCUUCGCCUUGUACAUUCUGCUCUGGAAUGUCGAGAAUGCGAACCAGAAGAGCCACGACCAAAGUCUACCAGUCACUGCACCAGCGCCUGUGGCCAUGGAGCCAGGGGCGGAGAUCACGACCACGCCCAAGGCGGAAGUGACUCCUCCACCACCAACGCGAAGUGCUACUGAUGACAUGAUGGUAGAGCAUACCAGGGAGGCAUUCGUGUGA